UUGCCUUUUCUCGUCAUUGCUCGUUUGUUGUGUUUUCGCAUGUGAAUUGUCAAGUGGUUUUCGCCGUUCAGUGUUCGUCGCAGUCAAGUAUUAUUUUGGUGUUCGACAUUCGCGCAUAUGGUGUUCGCUAAAUAACAAUGAAUUUAUUAAGAAAAUAACUAAGUCACAAUAAAUUUGCAUUUUUGCUUAAUUAACUAAUUGAAAGAAAAUUGUGUUCCUCUAUUGUCUUCGGGCUGUGCAAUCAUAACUACAUAUACAAAUAUAAUUAUUGCUAUUAUUUGGCUACACUUGGGGCUCUUGUUUGGCAGUGUGCCAGCUAUGCGGACAACAUUCAAUCGAUUGCUAAAAAAAAUUUUGAUAUGUGGCUUGUGAUUCGCUUGGAGUGGCAGGAGAAGCGCAACAAGUAAUUCGUCGUCGUGUCGAAGUGUGAUAAAAACAAAAAUUUGAUCUUUUUGAACCAAUAAAUUAACAAAGUGUCGUUUUUUUGUGUUUUACACUCGCAAUAAUUGCAAAAUUCAAGCGCAAAGAGGCUACACAACAAUUAAAGCUAAUUUCAUACAGAUAUUCGAUGUGUUAGCUCAUAUAUUUUUGAGUACGAAAAGUUUAAAACAAAUUGCAAAAGUUAAUUGAUUCAAAUAAAUAAACGUGUUCGCAUAUAGUGUCAUAAUUAUUGUUAUGAUUAUUAUUAUUGCUGCUAGACAUAUCUGAUUGCUGUUGUGUUAUGUGUCCGGGGGCAAUCAGUUGUGAUUGUUGGUGUUUGUUGUGCGUGAUGUUGGCAUGAUUGUCAUAUGCAAACAAUUGAAAUUCGCGCAUUUAAAAGGUUGCACUAGCAACAACAACAAAACACAAACAUAUUGUAAUAGCAAAAUUAAAGUGUACUACUAACGAGAACACCGAAAACAUAUAUCUCAUAUCAUAUCGUAUAGUGUGGAGGUAACAAUUGUGGAGCAAAACAAAAACUUGUGGAGCCUAGUCGUCGUAGCUGUCGCCGUCGCCGCAACAACCGCGCCGCACCCGCACUCUGUGCGUCAGUUUCACGCAUACGACGUACGCCUUGGACAUUGAGGCAAUCGCACUCGCAGCUGACAGAUAGAAAGACACAGACGGAGACGCAGACAGCCUGAAGUCAUUCGUGUCGUCAUCGCUGUUCCAGCGCUGCCGCCGUCAACGUCGCCGCUGCAGUAGAUGUAUGUGUGUGUUUUCGUUUGUCGUAAGCGUUCGUUGAACGCUGCAAGCCAAUAACAACAAGCCAAGCAACAACCGCCAAAAACGAUAACCGUACACCCAGUCAACGACAACGACAACAACAGCAACUUUUGACAAAAACAAAAAACCAAAAAUAAUAACAAAUUAAUAACAAACAAUUUUAAAGAAAACCAAAAGCAUUAAAAUAUUUACAACAACAAAAAAACAGCUCAAAUAUGGUGCAACAACAACGUCUGGCCAUCGCCAUACCAAAUAUUACCAACCGCAUGUCGUCCAUCUCGUCAGUCGGCGUCAGCACACCCGGUUCCGUCUCGUCAACCACCUCCUCUACCUACAAUGGCAGCCUAUCGGCGUCAAUGGACUCGCCGGCUACGGAAGUGAGCAGCGCCGAUAUCGCCAUGUUUGUGGAGACACCGCUCCAGGAGCUGAGCACCAAUACGCGGCUUCAGUUGUCACAGCUCUUGAACUGUCGCAAGAUCUUGCGUUCCGAAGAUGGGUACGAGCGCGAUUGGCGCGGUGUCGCGGAGCUGGCUGAGGUGCGCAGCUUCUGCAGCAGCAACAAUGACGACCCCAUGCGCACCGUGCUGCGUGAGUGGUGUUCCCACCGUCCGCAGACGGCGACAUUUGCGCGCUUGCAACAGUGCCUUGGCAUCAUCGAUCGCUGGGAUGUCAGCGAUGAUAUUUACGAGAAUAUGGUUGAGGAUGCUAAAAGGUAUGCCAUAAAAUUGCGACAAAAAUCGUUAAUCGCCAACGAUACAACCGACGCUACAUCUUCGGCGGCCACAUUUUGGUCGAAUCCAGCGUCACCGUUUAUACCGAGCAGCAAUGGUGUUAGCAACGGUGUCAGUAACGGUGUUAAUGGCAACGAUGUUUGCAACGGCAAUGGCAGCGACCCAACUAUGACCAUAUUGACACGUGACGAUGUGAUACUCGCCCAAAAAGGACUGCCGCCACAACAGUAUGACGCAUUCGUGCUAUUCGCCGAUGCGGAUAUUGAACAGGCCGCCGAAAUACAAACCAAAUUCGAAGAAAAUGAGAAAUACAAUUUCAAGUUAUGCUUCAAGAAUCGUGAUCUACUCGGUGGCGUACCGUUCACGCAUGUUGCAUUGACGCAACUGAUCGAGGAGCGUUGCCGCUACUUACUUGUGAUCUUAACAAAAGAAUUUCUCGAUAGUCCAGAGAAUCAAUUUUUGAUGAAUUACACACACGCGCUGCAAAUACAGAAUAAUACGCGCAAGAUCAUACCGCUUAUUUAUGAAGAUUCGGUUGUUAUACCACGUGCCUUGAAAAUAUACACACACCUCAAGUACACACCAGUGCCUACAACGUUAUUUGACUUUUGGGCGCGUCUUGGCGACUCAAUACGACGCUCUUACAAUGCCACGGACCCGUCGCCAUAUGGCCUAAAUGAAGUUGACAACCUGCCCGCCAUUAGGCAGCUAUCAUCCGACACGAGCUAUACAAGCUUACCAACCCCCCGCACUACUACAGUAACCACACCCACCUCACCCAUACCGAGCAUCAAUAUUAACGGACAUGCUUACACACCCGAAGAGGAGGAGGAUGAUGUAUUUCAACAGAAGGAGCAACGUUAUCAUUUCACCAAACGUUCAUCCCUGCGUCAUCACAACAGUGUCUAUAGUCACAAUAACAACAACAAUCGCAUAAGUCAAGUCGUGAAUGGUUUGCGUAAUGCACAUUCUACUAGUCAGCUAAAUGCUGGCGUUAAUGUUGAUAAUAGUGUCAGCAUGAGUGAUCUCAGCAUAAGUAAUGAGACGAAGAAGAAGAAAAAGAAACCGAUUAAAGCUGUGCUCAAGCGGGUGUUUAGCCGCAGUAGUCCGAAACUACAACAAACAGCAGAAUAGUAGUAUUUUUUUAUUGUAAUUUGUAUUUGUUUUAUUUUAUUAUUUUUGUUUGAGUAAUUGUAAAUUGAUUUUAAGAUUGUAUUUAUAAAAAAAUAUCCGUUAUACGAGUAUAUGUAUUAUUCUUUAGCAAAACCAAUGAAUACGUAACAAAAAUGCAAGCAAAAAAAUUGAGAAACUGUUAUGUUAUAGUGUAUUGUAUAUUAUUAUUUAUGUAUUAAUUUAAUUGUACGAAUCUUGGUUUUAACUACGCAACUGUGACAUAACAAGCAGCCAACACUCACAAAACACAUAUAAAUUUCAAGCGCUUUACACGCUUUCUGCGCUAUUCACCCGCUCAAACAGUCAGUCGUCGUAUUUUUACAAAAAAAAAUUAAAAAAGAUGUAAUUGUGCGUUAUAAUUAGUUUAUUUUAUAUACAGUCUAUUUGUUGUUUGUUACUAAUUGUAAGGUCAAUUUUGACGCGCAGCCACUUUCUAAUAACGCUUUUAAAAUAUUUUUCAAAUAUACAUUUAAGCUUUCCAGUGCUCACCACACAUAAUUCCUUAGCAACUUGUUGCAUUUCUUACUUCGCUCACAAAUGCUCAUACAAACACACACAAAAACACAAACAAACAUCAACAUUUAGCGAACAAUUUAGCACGCGCACUCAUGUACAU